CUGUGACGUCAGCAGCUGAGGAGGGGCGCUGACCGUGGUUCUGAACGCGCCUCAUAGUUGAGUACAGGACGCAUCUCACUAUCCUCCAUCUCCGACGUUCAUAUCACAUUCUGCUUUAACACACUUCUCUUAAUCACAUCACCCGUGAAACGUGAGAGCCGCUAUGCCGAAUUAACGGAAGCUCUUCGGACCCAACGGGCAGGAUGGGUUCUGUGCGCGCGCUGCUCUUCGCCGUUCUGUCUCUCCGCGCGCUCGCCGUCACCAUCGCAGACAGGAAAUUCGGUUGUCUGUUUGAGGAUGAGGUAUGCGAGGCAUAUGAAGUCUGCAUUAAUGAUGGAGUGUUUGGGCGAUGUCAGAGAUAUUCUGGGACACUUUCUUACACAGAUGCCGUGUCUCCAGCAUCUCUACAGCGCUUGAGGAAUGUUCUCCAGAAGCUGGCCCACAGAGGUUAUACUUGGCAGGAUGACACAACUCAGGAGGUGAUAUCAAAAGAGCUUUCACAGCUACCUAAGGUUCCUUUGGGAAGAUAUUUCACUGGCAACUCUAGAACUCACAUUCCAAAUGAUGACAGAAAAGCUCAGACAGAAGAACUUAGCAGGACGCUGCAGAGAUACCUACAGGAACUGGGCUUCCAGACUACUUAUGGCGCAUCUUACAAGCAGAGUCUUCAAGAGCAACAGCUUCCUUGGAAGUACAGAGAAAAUGCACUUCCCAAUCGUAAGGGUUUUAUUCAGCUCAAAGAGCAGCUUCCUCCACCCCACCCCAUCUCCUUCCCACAAGCCCGACCUGAUCUCCAGGUGAUUGCUGAACAACCUCCCUCAGGUCGAUCAUCCUUCACUGGUUUUAAACAAGAUCGUACUGGAGUCCCUCUUGCUGAGCUUCAGCAGUAUCAAGCUGGGUCCAUGAGAGCACAAGAUCUCAGUAAAGGUCAAACCCAGGGAAAGCUGCGUUAUUUUAGCCUACAGCGCGCUCCCGCUACCAAAAUAGAAAAACUGCCAGGAGCUUCCAGACAACCACCAAAGCCCAGAAUCGAAAAACUAUUUUUUAAAUCUGGAGCGAGCAGCACUGCUUCCAAGAAUGCCCUCAGUUCAGUAGAUGAGAAAUUCAUUGACAGAGUGGUUAACCAGCUUGGACGCCAGAGUGUCAAUGUGGAUGCUUUGAACACAAAGGACCUGGAACAGCUCUCCAAGGUCAUCACCCAGGCCCUGCAGGCGGUGGAUGGAGAGGAAGGGGUCAAAGGUAGAGAGGUCACACAGGAUGAGAGGCCAGAGGAUGAAAUGGAGGUGACUGGUGAUCAGUUGUGUCCGGUGGAAAAAGAUGCACCACGUGAAACACAAACUGAAGAAAGUGAUUCUAAUGUCAAGAACAAAGGUUUUCUCAGCCAGCUGCUGGAGUUCCUGGAUCAGAACUCUGGCCCUGAUUCUGCUGGACCCUCCCAAGCCAAAGAGCCUUUUCUGGGUUUCAUUGACCAGCCAAAUGCUGGAAGCCCAGUGAGAGCUAGUUUGGAGAAUGUCCAGAGCCGGACAACACAAACAGAACUGGACCUGAUGAAGAAGAAAAUGGAACCUGACACUUUGGAUCUACACCCACUGGUAGACACUGCGGUAGAACAGUGGAUCCACAGUUCUGAGGGCUCUCCGGAAAUCAAACCAGAGGUUCAACAAGGAAUAGUGACACAGAAAAGUUCAGUGGAUAAAGAAGAGACUGUGCAAAAGAAGGGUGUGAGAGUGGAGGUGAAUAUUGCAGCGUAUUCACGCCCACACGAUGGAGACUUUGGCUACAUUAUCACUGAAGAUUCUCUGUCCACCAAUCAGGGUCUGAACCUUAUGGAGCUCUUAGCUGAGAGAGUCAACCUUCGUGUGACAGAUUUUCUACAGCUCUCGGUUCUGGGUCCAGCAGUAACCUUUCGAGUGCGUCCCAAUGCCCGAAACAUCAGCACGGCUCAGCUAGCCAGAGUGGCAGUUGAGCAGAAAGGGCAGCUGGAGAAGGAAAGCGGUCUACAGAUUCUUGAGGCUGGACUGAGUGAUAGGGUCAAGUUGAACCAAAUCCCAGUUGUCAAACAAAGUCAAGUGGAGCCAAGCAACUUUUUGAUUCUGGUGGUAGUCUCCAUGGUUUUUAUUGUCAUGGUAUUGGGGAUGUCGGGGGCGCUGUACUGCUUGCGCCAUCGCUCCCACCAUAGGCUGAAGGAGAAGCUUGUCGGUUUGGGAAAUGACAAUGGCCACGAUGCCACAGCGGCCUAUCAGGAUCUCUGUCGCCAGCGCAUGGCGGUGCAGACAUCAGAGCGGGGAGAGAAAUCAGAGGUGUUCCACCCAUCUCACACGUCACGCAUUAACAGCGUAUCCUCGCAGUUUAGUGAUGGACCAAUGCAGAGUCCGUCGGCCCGCAGCAGUACAUCUUCCUGGAGUGAGGAACCUACACAAACCAACAUGGACAUCUCCACUGGACACAUGAUACUGUCGUACAUGGAGGAUCACCUGCAGAAUAAGGAUCGUCUGGAUAAGGAGUGGGAGGCUCUCUGUAGUUACCAGGCUGAGCCAGCAGCAUGUACGGUGGGUCAGCAGGAACAGAACGUCCGGUGCAACCGCCCACACGGUGUCCUUGUGUAUGAUCACUCCAGAGUCAUUCUGAAGGCAGAGAAUAACCAAUCCAGAUCUGAUUACAUCAACGCCAGUCCCAUCAUGGACCACGAUCCCCGAAACCCAGCCUAUAUCUGUGCUCAAGGUCCUCUUCCCACCACUGUGGCGGACUUCUGGCAGAUGGUUUGGGAGAGUGGGUGUGUGGUGAUUGUCAUGCUGACACCUCUCGCUGAAAAUGGUAUCAAACAGUGUCAUCAGUACUGGCCAGAUGAAGGCUCUGAUCUUUACCAUAUAUACGAGGUGAACCUUGUCUCCGAGCAUAUCUGGUGCGAUGAUUUCCUGGUGCGCAGUUUCUACCUAAAGAACGUUCAGACUAAUGAGACCCGCACAGUUACUCAGUUCCACUUCUUGUCAUGGAUGGACCAGAAUGUUCCAGAGUCCGCUAGAACUUUGCUGGACUUCCGCAGAAAGGUUAACAAGUGCUACCGGGGAAGGUCUUGUCCAAUAAUUGUUCAUUGCAGCGAUGGUGCUGGAAGAAGUGGAACUUACAUUCUGAUCGACAUGGUGCUUAAUAAAAUGGCCAAAGGUGCGAAGGAGAUUGAUAUUGCUGCUACCCUGGAGCACCUGAGGGACCAGAGAUCAAGCAUGGUACAGACUAAGGAACAGUUUGAGUUUGCAUUGACUGCUGUGGCAGAGGAGGUGAACGCCAUUCUCAAAGCUCUGCCUCAGUGAAGGAUAACAUUCACAUACACUUCCAACAUGUUUUCUUCAUAGCUUUUCUGUGUGACUUGACCUGUGGUUCUCCUUUCUUUGCAAGAAAGUGUAAGAAAGCUAUGAGCAAAGUAGAAAACGUAAUUAUGAAAUCUGGCCAAAUUUACAUUUCCAGCUCUAUCCGAAUUCUGAUGUGUCGUAUUGCAUAAGACAUUUAUUUGUCCUAAGUGUGUGUGAAAUGAUUUAGCCUUGAAAUGAUUGCUUAGAAGAUACUGAACUAGCCACCUAGGCAUGCAAUCAUACAGUAGAUUGUAUUUGCUACUCGGAUUGGUGUUUACGUACCAACUAGUUGUGCGUAUAAAAUAUCUCCGAUACUGUAUAUGUGUUCUUUGAAGCAGAUGUGAUGUAUGCGGUGUUGUAUGACACUGUAUUAGUCUGCUGCAAUUACGUUAGCAUAAAGUUUACGUGACUACGUUUAAGUUAUGGAUUGUGAUGACCAAUAUAAAUGCGAUGAAGAGAAUACUAUAUUACAGCUCUAACAAUUGUGAUCUCAUUGAAAUCCACAUUCAUUGUUGUGAUAUAUUGUGUUUCUUGACUAAUAAGCAGAUUAUAUAUAGAUGAAACUGAUUACACAUGUGAUUAAUAAUGGCCUGCCAAAAUGUAAUUGUACAUAUUAUUUUUGUGUGAAAAAUAUGAAGUAACAUAUAAUAAAUCUCC